GUUCCCCCGCAGUGAGUGCGUGAUCUGAUCAUUGAGAAUCAGAACACGAGAAGCUGGUCCUCGGUUCGGUUGUGUUGGAGAUGUUGGAUCAUCAGUGUGUGUCUCCGGUCAUCGAGGUCUUCAUUCCGUCUCUCAUGAGGGAAGUGAACGAGACGGGAAAGUUGCGCAAACUCUUCAGGUUGGAGAUUCUCUUCAAUGGAAGGAAGCACUUUGUUUUGCGGAGACACAGUGAAUUUCAGACACUUCACCGGAAGCUGAAGAAAAUUCUGCACGCUCCCGAUUUCCCCAGUAAGAGAAAUCAGCACCUGCGAACCAAACCACUGGAGCAAAGACGGCUGGAACUGGAAGACUACAUCCAGGUGAUUCUGUAUCAAAAUGACAUUGUUCCUCAAGAGCUCCUGGACUUCCUGCAGGUCAAACAUUUUCAUUCGGCGAGCAAGAACUGCAGCUCAGAUGAAAACCAGUCAGAUGACUGUCAAGAGCAGGGAUACAGAUUCCAGUUAUUCCAUCAGAGAGUUGUUGGUUUCUCGGCUGACCCUUACCAGCUUGAAUCCAGAUCAGGUCUCCCUGAUAUCGUGGCGGCUGGCGUCCUGCAGGGUUUCUACCCCAGAGACGUCAAAGUGAGUUUCAAAAAGAGCUGCGCUGAACCCAGAGGCCUCACCUGUGCACCAGAGCUGCCCGUGCAUCCCAAACUCCCCACUAUUACCAUAAACAGAAGCAAUAUCAGCUCACUGCCAGAGUCACAGAGAGUAUGAGUGUUGCCUAGCAACCCCAUCUGCUUUAAAUGUGCCUUUACAUGUUUAGACUGAAUCUUUCAUCUUUAGGUUUGUCAUAUUUUAUUAUCUGUCUCGGUCAUUUUCAUGUCAAAAUCAGAAAGUAGUUUAAUAAAUAAAGAUUAUUUUUAGGA